UUAAAUUACCCGUUUUUCUUUUUAGCAUUUUAUGCUUUCUUCUAAAUUUUUAUUAAUUUUUCAAAUUAAUUUGAAUCGAUUUAAAUUUAAAACAACUAACUGGCAACUCCUUUGUGUACUAGACACGCGGUAAGCUUUUGUCGUCAGUUCAGCGUCUUCUCUUCAGAAGAUUUUAAAAUCUCGAGUUGUGAAAUUGUGAAACCUGUUCGUUAUAGACAUCUGUUUUGCGUUUAAAUGGAAAGUUGAAAAUUUCAACGUUUCUAUAAGUUGUCUAGUCCGGUGAUGAAUCAACGUUUUGGACGCUUGGUUUAAUUUUUCAGGCUUUUUAAUGAAAAAAACAUGAGUGAUCAUGAGAACAAGAACAUGCAGAUAGCUUCAACAAACUUAUGUGCUGUAAACUCGAAAAAUGAUGGCUUCAUCCAAAGGGAACAUUUAUCUGAUGUUCUGGAUUUUGAAAAUCAAAGGAAAUCAAUCGACUUUGCAUGGGGAUCAGAAGUGUGUUCAGAGAACACUUCUCUGAAGUCAUUUAAAAUUAAAGAACUCCAAGAAAGCUUUCCGAUUCCAGUUUCAAGACAGAAUAUCGGAAUCCUGAAAGAGAUUUCAGAAUGCAGGUUGUCCUCAAGGCAUAUUUGGGAAAUUGAUGCUUCGAAAAUAUGUGAUUCGACUUUUGAAGAUUUCAAUUUAUCCUAUUUGGUGGUCCAAAAUCUUCAACUUCCUGAAGAGAUGAAAGUCACUGCAAAGUGUACCAAAUUGGUCUUGUAUGAUGGCAAGACAUGCUUUAUUCACAACUUGAGUUCCUGUUGGAUUGAAGGAAAGUUUGGUACUGCAACCCUUCAAUUACCUGUUGAAGGAGGGCAUGAAGGUGGCAGUUUAAAUGUUCAGUAUGGAGAAAGAAAGAAAAGGUUGGAGAGCCACAAAAAUAGCGACGCAGUUUUCUACCUGUCUGCUUUUUUCGACAGCUGCGAGCAUUUUAUUGAGCCGGUUUUACAAGGUUACAAGUUAGUCCUGGUUUAUGAUCUUCUCUGGACAAACGUAAAGACGGGGAUUCCAAAGGAUUUUCCAGUUUUCCUCGGGGCGAUUAAAAAAAUCAAAGAAUCGCUUGAACCUUGGCUUCGGAAUCAGUUCUUGGAAUCAAAAACCGAAAAUGAAAAUGGAGAAAAUUCAAAAGAAGGAUUGGAAACUCCAACUACUACUUCCGAAAUUCAUCGCGACUCUUCUGAAGUUAAAAACCAUCUGGAAAAACGGCAAGAUUCUGUAAUUGCAGAGAGAACCUUAACAGAAAAUGUCUUUCUCUUCGUUCUUCAAGAAAGCUAUGACGAACAAAUUCUUUCAUUUGAGCUACUUCGUGGACAGGAUCGCGUCUUCGCUGAUCUUCUGCUAAAUUGUGAUUUUCUUGACGUUCACCUAGCAAUGGCAUCACAGUCAAGUUCGACGAACAUCAAUGGGAAAGCCGAAGUAAUAGAAGUUACACGUGUAAUUGAUUCCGACGACGUGAUUAGAAAUUUGAGCAUCCAGUUGAAGUGGGAACAGAACGUUGUUGGACUUAUUCAGUCAGAUCAAGAGAGGAAGUUGUCCAAUGAAAAAUCCGAGAAAGAUAUUUCCAAAAGUGGCAAGAUAAAUUUGCCUUGCGGUGUUUUACUGAUUUGGCCCAAGCAUCAUUCAGUUCAAAUGUAUUGCCGUUAUGGCCUUCAUUCAUUUUUGAUCCGAAUGAGUAAAUCUUUGACGUCACUUGCCAAGUGGAAAGACCAUACCCGAACCGAAACCAUAGGUGAUUUAAGCCAGUUAAUUUCGUAUUGUUGCGCAGAACCUCGAAAAGUAUGGACGAAAUCGGGGAUGAAGAAAGGUGAAUUGACACUGAAAUUGCUCCAUUUCUGCAUCACCUUGCGUGCCUCUGAAAAGGGUCUUGAUUUAUUGAAAAUUCUGAGUUCUAAUUUUGAUGGAGAUUCUCAAGAUACAGAGAUGUUUGAAGGAAUUCAAACAGAAGCUGUUGCGCAGGCAAUUGCUUAUUUUGAACGUAAAGUCUGCGAUUGGAAUAAGAUCGCCGAACUGAUAAAGGCGAUGGUUACACCCAGCAGAAUAGUCAUGCAACUGAUUCCUAUUACGAAGUUGGCAAAAUUCUUUCUAGACUUCGGCUGUAUCGAAGGAGCCAAAACAGUGGGCGACUGUAUCUUGUCCUGGUUCAACGAAAUGGAUCCGAGCCUUGCUUGGAAGUCAAAAUAUUGUGACGUAGAAGCUUUUCUUAAAUUGUUUGUGGCAUUGCAGUCCAAUCCUGAGACCUCCAAUCGAACGAGAACAGCAUCGUUCCUUCUCUUCUUCUCCAAGCUACGACCGUUCCUGCAGUUCCAUUUAUUGCUUAAUUUCGAAUCACAGCACGGAUCGCGUUUGAAUUCAAUUCAAUCCUGGCAAUUCGUCUAUCGGGAUGCUUGCGAAAUUUUUUCUUUUGCAUCUAACACGAAGAUGCCGCCCAUCAAGUGUAUGGCUGUCGACUUUAUGAAAGCAAUUGAAGUCUGGAUAUUGGAAUUGACCGAAGAAGCUGUGCUGCGUCCCGAACUACAAGAGUCCCUCGAACCAGAAGUUGUCAUCACCGAUCCAGUUCUCGAGCAAUCGGCUGCUGCGUCGGUGUCCCAAAAGUCGGAUAUUCCGCCAGUUGUAUUGAAUCCUGGAAAUAAUUUCGAAAAAACCGAUUGGACUACUGCAGCAGAUGAGUGGGCUUCAACAUCGUCGACUCAGAUCGCAGCUGCAACACCGGUGGCAGGAGUAAAAGCUAGGACAUUCAGUACUGAUGAUUGGAGUGGAACAUCAGACUCUCUGACGACGGAUUCAAAAAGAAAGGAAUUGGCGCCACGUUCCUGCGCCCCAAUUUCGACUGAUGAUUGGGAUGCUUGUGCUGAUGCUUGGACAUCUAGUGGCAAAAUAUCCGGAACCGUGAAUAAAGCAAUACCGAACGAUGACCAAUCUAGUUGGGACGCACCUCGCAAAAUGCCAGCGUCAAGUAAUAGCAAUACGACCUCUGACGACUGGAAUUCUUGGUCUUCGACUGCUCCUAAACCCAAAUUAGUUACUCCCAGUGGAAAUGCCGACUGGUCUUCUGCAGAUGCUUGGGGAUCAACGAAUGACACAUCUAAAGGAAGUAGCCAAUCCGACGCAUGGGGAAACGCUGAAUCGACUAAAAGUUCCUGGACUGGUGGCUAUAACGCUUCAAGAGGUGGUGACCGAAAGCCAUUGCGCCCUUGCUUUAAGUGCAAUGAAGAAGGUCAUAUGUCCUAUAAUUGUCCAACUGAUCCCAAUCGUGGAAGAGGGGGCGGAAGAGGUGGAGGAAGAGGUGGUGGAAGCACACGUACUUGCUACAAAUGUAAUGAAGAAGGACACUUAUCUUAUAAUUGUCCAACUGGCCCGACUCGAGGAAGAGGUGGCGGAAGAGGUGGUGGUGGUGGAAGCACACGUCCUUGCUUUAAAUGCAACCAAGAAGGGCAUUUCACUUACAAUUGUCCUAAUCCUUCAACUGGCGGAAGAGGUGCAAGAAAUUCUCCUGCAUCCAGUUACGGUGCACCUAGUUCCUCGGCAUUUGACGAUUGGGGAACAUUAACAGUCACACCAGAUACAAAAUCCUCGAGUUUUGACUCUGGUGAAAAGAAGAAUGAUUGGGGAUCAGCUUCAAACAAAGUCAGCAGUCCAUGGGCCACCGGUGCUAACGCUGCUCCAAGAGGUGCGAGAAAUACUCCAAGAUCCAGUUAUAAUGCACCCAUUGGUAACAGUCAACCUGUAUUGGACGAUUGGGGUAUCUCGAGCAAUUCAUCUGCUGCACCGCCUGUUACAACAGUUGCUAGUAGUUCAACUGCUGGUAUUCCUGCGACCGAUGAUUGGGGAUCAGCUGCCGAUGCCUGGUCAUCUGUUAAAACCACGAAAUCUACGACACCACAAGGAAAUAGUACCGCUGCAAAUUCUGGAGUUGAUGAUUGGGGAUCAGCUGCUGAUGCGAUUACUUCUGUUAAAUCGACAAAAUCCACCCAACCAUCCGGAAAUAGUACCGCUGCAAGUUCUGGAGUUGAUGAUUGGGGAUCAGCUGCUGAUGCAAUGUCUUCUGUUAAAUCGAAAAAAUCCACCCAACAAUCCGGAAAUAGUACCGCUGCAAAUUCUGGAGUUGAUGAUUGGGGUUUAGCUGCCGAUGCGAUGUCUUCUGUUAAAACGGCAAAAUCCACCCCACGGUCCGAAAAUAACAGUGCUGUAAAAUCCGGCGGAGAUGACUGGGGAGCGGAAGCUAAUAGCUGGAAUAAUCUUCCCUCUAGGUCUAAUCCUGUUCGUGUUCCUAACAAUAAUUCUACGUUUUCCCGAUCUGGACCAAUCGCAAUUGUGAAAUCUGCUGAAGAUGAUUGGGGAGUAGCUGCUGAUGUCAGUAAACGUGGUUCAGUUUCCAACGCUAACACAAUGACAAUCAUCCCUCAAAUGGAUGAGUGGAGUGAUUCUGGAGCAGGAAAGGGGAAUGAUCCUAAUUUCAUGAGAAAUAGUCAAGAGUUAAGCCAAUCAAGAAUGAAUCCAGUUCCUUGGACUGGGACAAUAAAUCAUGGACGUAGGAGUUUCAAUGCCGACAUGAAAAGUUUGGACGUCAACGCCCCUUCUGUUCUUGCUGACUUGGAAAUGCCCAAAUCAAUGACAGUUGUGGGCACUAUCGAACCCGAAAAAAUUUGGCCUUACUUGCGGAGAGUGAGCGAAACGGUCAACGAAAGAAUUGGUGUUUUCCAAUUUACUCCAGCUACAAAUGCUGAUAUGGAAGGUUACAAAUUCUUCUACGAUGAAUUAAACGGCAUGAACUGGUUUGUCGUUAUUGCUGGCACUCCAGAUUCAAAACUUCCUUGGAUUUUCAAAGACUUUUAUGUCCUCCCAUUGGGCAAGGCGAGUCCCAUACCUUCGGAGUUGACCUCGUUUACGAAAAAAUCCUUUGUGGAAAACCGCAAGUCAGAUUUUUUAUUGGGCGUUGUGGUGUUCCGAGCUCCGCGUCCUGUGGAUCAUCCCAGUUUUAAUGCUUCAUUGCCGGAAAAGAAAGCAGUUUGCGUUACCCAAAGUGAUGCAGAAUCGGAAAGCAUCAGAAUUCAAGAAACUCCAAAUUCAGAAUCCACUCUAGUUGCUUCAGCCCAGCCCCCCACUCGUAUGACAGCUAUUCGACAGAAGCUACAGCAAGACAUCCUCAGUGUUGACCCCGUCAAAGCUAAAAUUCAGUCAAACUCUUCCCAACUGAAGUCUUCCUUACCAAGGCCUCCGUCUGUUGCUAAAUCAAUUCCAGUAGUUUCAUGUCCGGCGAUAGCGGAAUCCAAUGAAGACAAUACGCCUGUCAAAACGACGCCCGCUAUACCCUUCAAUCCAGGGAAGCCUCCAGUCGACGGAGAGAUGUUGAUGCAAAAAGCCAUAUUAGAGGAACUGAACCGUCAAAUUGGAGCUACGAAGCACGGAAAGUCGACAGAAGCGACAGAGUCUGUUUCGUCGGUUGCAGUAUCCAGCCUUGAACCUUCCUCUUCAAGUGGACCAUCAACUCGAUCGAAAUCUAAAAGAAAACCCGUACCGGAAGAAAGUCCCGCAUCUAAACGGUCCAAAAACGUGGUCUCAUCGAAGGAGCUGAAUCUCUCCUUUACGUCUAAGCAGAAGGGAAAAUUGGAAACUGAAGGCGUGCAGCGAAAGGCCCACAUCAAUUCGAGAAAGAGUAGGAGCCCGAGUACGUCUGAAAGAAGACCAUGUUUCGUGGACGGGUGCAGUAGUGAUGCGCUAACAAAUAGUGUUUACUGUAGCGAGGAAUGUAUUGCUAACCAUGUGCGAGAUUCACUCCACGCAAUGAGUGAGAAGAUGAAAUCGUCUCAGUUACAAGAUCCGCAAAGCCCCAUUAAUUCGAUGACACCUCCCAGCACCUCUUCUGAUGAGUCGUGGAAAGACUCGGUCGACUACUCCAUGUUGAUGAGUCAACCAACGCCGGCGUUAGCUUCCAAACUAUUGGAAAUUACUCAAAGAAGAAAAUCCUUGUCAUCGGGUGGAGCUAGUAAACCAUCAAACUUGGCAGACGAUACCCCAGUCCCAGUUAUGGAGACAAAGACGGGCAAAGUUUUGUGUGGCCAGUCUGCUCCCACAGUAGCUAAUGUGGAGCAAUGGCUCAAAGACAAUGCUACGUAUACAAUCGCGAAACAAGAAUCUCUACCGGCAUCUGUAGCGGCUUCAUCCUUGAAAGUUGCUUGUUCGAAGCCCUCGCCGGUUCACACAUCGUCAACGUCAUUAAUAUCCUUGAAGUCUAAAGCGGAAAGCUCAAAGAAGCCAAGCAAUAUAUCUUCAUCCAAAUCAAAGAUGACUCGAAAAAGAUCCAUCGAGACAAACAACGAAGAAGAGACUCCAACUAAAAUGGCAAAAUCUGACCCUGAGGCUACCAGGUCCAUUUCGAGAAGCUCGUUGAAAGAGGCCCUGUGGAGUCGCUGUAAAGAAGCAAAUGAUGUGGAGACGGAAGAAGCCAUUGUCGAGCAAGUUGCUAAGGAGAUAGAAGAAUCGCUCUUUUCCCUCUACAAGCAUGAUGUUGGCUCCAAGUAUAAGAACAAAUACCGGUCUUUGAUUUUUAACAUCAAAGACCCGAAAAAUCCGGGAUUGUUUCGGAAAAUAAUUACAAAGCAGCUGCUGCCUGAUGAAUUGGUCAAGAUGUCAACCGAAGACCUGGCUAACAAGGAUUUGGCCGAAUGGCGCGAAAAAGAAGCCAAGCAUCAACUGGACUUGAUCGAGAAGAAUGAGCAGGAAAAUAUGGGCCUUGCUAAUAGAUACCUCAUUAAGACUCAUAAAGGCGAAGAGGUUAUCGAGGAUAUCUACAAGGAAAUAGAUGAUCGAGAAGAAAUUUCAUCGAAAAUGAAUAUUGCCUCAUCUCCAACACCCGAAUGUAUUAAAGAUACGACUCCGGUAUUCAAAUCACGAAGACUUGACCGCUCUCGAAAUGGUUCCAGUCAUCCGAUCAAGGAGAACGAUCAGAAUAAUUCAGCUAGUUCUCGUUCCGCUCGCGAAAAAAGUGAUAAAGUGAGUUCGAGGAGCUCUAAAAGUUCUCGUUGUGAUUCCGAUUCCAGCAGCAAACGCUCCGGUAAUCGUAGUGAUCGCGACAAGAAAGCAGAUGCCAAGGAGCGCGAUCAUCAUCGUUCAUCGAGGAGUAGAAGUAAACCUCACAAGACCAACUCGGAUAGACAUGAGAAGCGAGAAAAAAAGAGGCAAGACGUCAUUCCGGAACCAGCCAAAUCGAGCGACAUUAAAAAAGCUGUUGGCGUUGCUGAAUUGUAUGAUCCCAGUCACCCGCUCAAUUCGGAUGACGAAGUUCACAUUUCAGUGGCUGCCAAAGAUGAGCUUUUGUUGAAGCAGCAGAAGAAGUUGUCGAAGCAUCAGGCAAUGUUAGAUGCAAUAACUUCUGUCGUUGUCUCGCUUCCGGAAUCGGGAGAUAACGCAGUAUCUGCCGAAUUAUUACUUGGAAAAAGGGGUCGACAAUACCGUCUGCUUACUGAUUACAGUGAUGAUGAGAAUGACGAAGAAAAGAAGCACGACGGAAUUGUGGUGUUAGGCGUAGACAAAAAUCCGCUUCAAGAUCUUGAGAUGGAAAGUGAUCUGUCUGCCACAAGUGUGGGAUGCAGGACCAGCAGUUUCCCAGUCGGAGAUGAAGAGCAUUCGUUCUGCAGUCCAGGCAAACUACUCAUUGCUGAAGACGAAGAAUCCAUUUUAGACUUCGAUGAGCAGAUAAUUAAGGAGCAAAACGUCAUUGAAGAACUGAACUCCAAUCUAACGUCAUUUAUCGUGAAUAAUUUGCACAUUCAAUCUCACGAUGCCGACCUGGAUGCAAGCGCAUCUUCGGAAAUAGUUACAAGUGAAGUGAAUGAAUCUGGUGUGCAUGGAUCAGUAGAUCCUUCCACGUCCUCUGCAAUAAGUUGCAUGAACAUUAGCAGUGUGAGCUCAUCAGCCGAUCCGGUCUUUGAUCAAUCUACACAGUCAACAUCUUCCGGCCAUUUGGAGGAUCCCGUUUCUACAGCGGAACAUGAAGAACAUUAGCAGGUUGUUAGUGUAAUGGAAACAAAGAAAUUUUUUAAGUAAACAGUAAAUUCAUUUUCUGCCCAAGUUAUCUUAGGCUGUUGCUCUUGAAUGUAAUAAUUGUGAAAUUGUGUGCGCUAACUUGUUGGUUUCUGUUUUGUGUUGAUGUCGAAACAUGGUUCUAAGGUUAAGGUUUAUUCUAAUUAUCCCUUAACUUACUAUGUUAUUUUACUCUUAUUUGUCAGAAAACAAAGAAAAAAAUUAGGAAUGCUUUAUGCACGAUUUUACGUUCAAAUUCCCGUACCAAAUCCAUUUUGUUUUUAAACUCUUAUUAUUUAUCUUAAACUGUGCCUUCUUUUCUCUUCGAAAUGACACGGUUAAAGUUGACUGUGGCAUUUUCAUGCAACUUGACCACCGUCCAAUACACGGAAUGUAGCUAA